AUGACAACGUCGCUGCCAGAGCCACAGCUUUCAAUUUUCCUCAAAGCAUUGGCUGGCUUGGAUGCAAGUAGGCGAGUCUUCUUUGCGUCGGCCGCGCCUGCCGUCCGAUUUCCCAACGUUUACGGUAUUGAUCUUCCAAGGAAGGAGGACCUGAUUGCUAAUGGCCGGGAUGAGGUGGCCGUCGUCAAGUUGAUUGGAGCAGACUGGGUGGUCUAUCAAGAUCUCGCUGACCUGGUGGAGUGCGUUCGCGGCCUCAACCCCGACCGACUCCGCUUUGGCUUUGAUGCAUCGGUCUUCGAUGGCAGGUACAUCACAGGAGACAUCGACCAGAGGUUCUUCGAACAGCAGUCUCGCCGUGACCAAAUGCAACAGACCCCGAGCCUCUCCGUCCCGAUUGGCGUCUCCCAAUCUGUGUCAGAGCUUGAUGAGCAAGUCUUACAUCGCUUGUCGGGCCAGGGCGCAGAGAUGAUCUCCAUGUGA